AUGAGUAAAAGUGGAACAUUUGUGUUGUUGAUUAAAGAUAUCAAGAAGGGCGUGGUUGGGAAUUCUGAGGUUUUGAAAAGUAAAUUUAGAAGCUUGCCACUGAAUGGCUGUAGGAAGCUUUGGAUGAAGGUUUGGAUAUUCGUCAAAGUGACAAAAGCUCAGGUGGAAGAUGUCUCUCUGUUGCGUAUACUGAUAAAACUGGAGAGGCUGCUAAAGCUUGGAUUGAAGCUUCACAUUGAUGGAGCCCAUAUUUUUAAUGUGUCAGUUGCACUCGGUAUUCCUGUGGAUAGGCUUGUCGAAGCAGCUGAUUCAGCAUUGAUAUUAAGGUUAUUUAUAGGAUAUGGAAUUGGAAUUAUCUCAUAUGUGGUUCCUGUAUAUAUAGCAGAAAUGGCACCCAAAAAUCUUAGAGGAAUGCUUGCAACAACAAAUCAAGUGAAAAGAAGUGUCAUACAUUGGAGACAACUAGCACUAGCAGGAUUAGUGCCUUGUAUUAGCUUGCUGGUUGGUUCGUGCUUCAUUCCUGAGUCUCCUAGAUGGCUGGCAAAGGUUGGUCGUGAAAAAGAGUUCCAAUUCAAAUACUUCGGGGCAAAUAUGCUGAUAUUUCUCAUGAAGCUAUUGAAAUACCGGAUAAUUUUGAAACUCUUCAAAAACUUCCUAAGGCUAAGAUGUUGGACUUGUUCUAGAGCAAGAUUCUAUACAGCUGAGAUUUUUGUAGCAGCAGGACUUUCUUCAGCAAAAGCUGGUACCAUAGCUUAUGCUUGUAUACAGGUUCCAUUUACCAUGUUGGGAGCCAUUUUGAUGGAUAAAUCUAGAAGAAAGCCUCUCAUAACAAUAAAUCUAUUUGCAAAUAAUUUCUGCGAGUGGAACAUUCUUAGGCCGCUUUAUUACCGGAAUUGCUUUCUUUUUCAAGGCAACUUAUUGCUUGAGUGGGUGCCAACAUUAGCAGUUGGAGGCAUAUUGAUCUACAUAGCAAUAUUUUCAAUUGGGUUGGGAUCAGUUCCUUGGGUGAUGAUGUCUGAGGUGUUUCCUAUAAAUCUGAAGGGAAUUGGUUAA